AUGGACUCCUGCAUACUUUCAAGCAUGUCCCCAGUUCAACCCAGACGCUUCGCCUCGACUACCGAAGCCGAUAAGGUGGCUAAAUUCAAGGGAAAGAAAGGAUCUGAUGGGAACUACACGGUAACAUUAAUAGAAGGAGAUGGCAUUGGUCCGGAAAUUUCACAAUCUGUCAAGGAUAUCUAUAAGGCCGCCAAAGUCCCUAUUGUGUGGGAGCCGGUGGACGUCACACCGCGCUUGAAGGACGGCCGGACGGUUAUUCCAGACGAGGCAAUUGAGUCGGUGCAGAAGAACUACGUUGCAUUGAAAGGACCUCUCGCCACUCCUGUGGGCAAGGGACACGUCUCUCUGAACCUCACCCUCCGUCGAACCUUCAACCUCUUUGCCAACGUCCGACCAUGCCGAAGUAUAGAGGGCUACAAGACACCUUACGACAACGUGGAUACGGUCCUGAUUCGAGAAAACACUGAAGGAGAAUACAGUGGGAUCGAGCACGUGGUUGUGGACGGUGUUGUGCAGUCAAUCAAACUCAUUACCCGCGAAGCUUCGGAAAGAGUCCUCAGAUAUGCAUUCCAAUAUGCUCGCGAUGUCAACAAGAAGAAAGUUCGAGUCGUGCACAAAGCCACCAUCAUGAAGAUGUCCGACGGUCUUUUCCUGAGCACCGCGAGAGAUGUUUCCAGGAACUUUCCGGACAUCGAGUUCGACGCCGAGCUCCUCGACAAUGCCUGCUUAAAAAUUACCACCGACCCAGGCCCGUACUCGGACAAAGUCCUGGUCAUGCCCAACUUGUACGGUGACAUUCUCUCCGACAUGUGCGCCGGUCUAAUCGGUGGCUUGGGUCUCACACCCUCAGGCAACAUUGGCGACGAAUGCUCCAUCUUCGAAGCCGUGCACGGCUCGGCGCCAGAUAUUGCAGGCAAAGGUCUCGCCAACCCGACAGCCCUGCUCCUGAGCAGUAUCAUGAUGUUACGACACAUGGGCCUCAAUGAGUACGCCGUCAAAAUCGAGAACGCCAUCUUCGCCACUCUCAAGGACGGCAAGACCCUGACUGGUGACUUGGGUGGUAAGGCCAAGACUCACGAAUACGCCGCAGCUAUUAUCUCACAUCUGUAA